AUGAACGAGCCUGGUACUGUGGAGGACGAGCCUUCCACUCGCGUGGAGGCUGAAUCUGGUGCUGUGAACGUGUUGGCAGAGCCUGGCACUCCUGGUGAUGUACAGGCCGAACUUGGCACUCCUGGUGAUGUACAGGACGAGCUUAGCACUCCUGUUGACGUGGAGGACGAGCUUGGCACUCCUGGUGAGGUACAGGCCGAACUUGGCACUCCUGGUGAUGUACAGGACGAGCUUAGCACUCCUGGUGAUGUACAGGACGAGCUUAGCACUCCUGUUGACGUGGAGGACGAGCUUGGCACUCCUGGUGAUGUACAGGACGAGCUUAGCACUUCUGUUGACGUGGAGGACGAGCUUGGCACUCCUGGUGAGGUACAGGCCGAACUUGGCACUCCUGGUGAUGUACAGGACGAGCCUAGCACUCCUGUUGACGUGGAGGACGAGCUUGACACUCCUGGUGAUGUACAGGCCGAACUUGGCACUCCUGGUGAUGUACAGGACGAGCUUAGCACUCCUGUUGACGUGGAGGGCGAGCUUGGCACUCCUGGUGAUGUACAGGCUGAACUUGGCACUCCUGGUGAUGUACAGGACGAGCUUAGCACUCCUGUUGACGUGGAGGACGAGCUUAGCACUCCUGUUGACGUGGAGGACGAGCGUGGCGCUCCUGUUGACGUGGAGGACGAGCUUGGCACUCCUGGUGACGUGGAGGACGAGCUUGGCACUCCUGUUGAUGUACAGGACAAGCUUGGCACUCCUGUUGAUGUGGAGGACGAACUUGGCACUCCUGUUGACGUACAGGACGAGCUUGGCACUCCUGUUGACGUAGAGGACGAGCUUGGCACUCCUGUUGACGUAGAGGACGAGCUUGGCACUCCUGUUGACGUGGAGGACGAACUUGGCACUCCUGUUGACGUACAGGACGAGCUUGGCACUCCUGUUGAUGUGGAGGACGAGCUUGGCACUCCUGUUGACGUGGAGGACGAACUUGGCACUCCUGUUGACGUGGAGGACGAACUUGGCACUCCUGUUGACGUACAGGACGAACUUGGCACUCCUGUUGACGUGGAGGACGAACUUGGCACUCCUGUUGACGUACAGGACGAGCUUGGCACUCCUGGUGACGUACAGGACAAACUUGGCACUCCUGUUGACGUACAGGACGAGCUUGGCACACCUGGUGACGUGGAAGACAAACUUGGCACUCCUAUUGACGUACAGGACGAGCUUGGCACUCCUGGUGACGUGGAAGACAAACUUGGCACUCCUGUUGACGUUGAGGACGAACUUGUUACUCCAUUGAACGUGAAGGCCGCUCCUAUUGACGUGGAGGCCGAGCCUAAUAUGCUUGGAGACGUUGGUACCGGCUGCGGGGAUCUCAAAGGAAGGUUGGGAGAAGAGUGUAUCUCGGUGAGUAGCUUCAAGAGAUCCUGUAGGAUACGUGAGGACACCAUGAUGUCCCUUGCGUCUCCCUGCUUGGCUGUUGCUGCUGCUACGGAUGAUAUCGCCGCCAGGAUAAUAUCCGGCUUGGACCUCGAGGCAUCAAGAGGAGGAACAGCAGCAGCAGCAGCAACAGCAGGAGCGGUAGCAACAGGAGGUUGA